CUGCUCUUUUGUUGCAGAAUUAUUCCAAUGGAUAGAUUUCUCUCGCGAAGACCGCACGACAACGUUGACGACGAUGCAAUAUCAAGCAAACGCGUGCGAAUCGAAUCGCCAAAUAUGUCACGAGAUGGAGAUACCCCCGCCACUCCCGAUAAUUCUGGAGUCAUUGACUUGACGGAUGACGUUGAUUACAAUGAAGCCGACAAAGAUGCGUCGCGAGAUGAUGCCUCGCAAGGCAGAACCGGUCUCGAACUUCCACUUUUGGCACCAAUCUCCGCCGCGUUCGAUCGCGACACGUCGUCCAAGCAACGACCGUUUGAAAUCCGUCUGUGUGCUCGUCUACCACCUCCAAGAGUUAUUCCGUUAGCACGAGGAGGACCCGGCAGCAAACCUGACGGGAUGAUACUUCUCUGGCCACAGUGGCUGUCCAACUCGUGUGCCAGCACGCUGUCUGCCCUUCUGGUCCAGGGCCAUGAGCAUCAAGUGCAACAAAGGCGCAUCCGGGAGACCGCUGCAGCAGCCGGAACAUCCGCUGUGAACGAGCGGUCUGCCUCGAAUCUCACUGAACCCGCCUUCCAGUUUGAGUUCGAGCAACGACCGGUUGUCAUGUGGGGCAAAGAGGUGAUGCAGCCACGACUGGUCGCGUUUACCAACAAGCGAAACCAGCCCAUCAUUUACACGGGCCGCUCUGUGCCCUCACAGCCGUGGCCGGCGCUGUUCGACGAUAUUGCCUCUGCCAUUCGCCACACGGCCGCGGCUACCCUGGGGCUGUCUGCAGAUCGCUUGAAGCCAGCGUUGAGCACGCUAUCGGGAGAAAUGCUGCAGACAUUGCAGGGCGCCUCACCGGUUGCACUCGACCCGCAGUGCACCUCGAUGGUGUUGCCGAUCGAGGAGCGCUUUGCCUUCGACUCUGCCCACAUCAAUUGGUACCGCAACGGAGAUGAUUACAUUGGCAAGCACACGGAUGAAGAUCUGCAGCUCUGGGGCCCGCAGCCCGUGAUUGCUUCGCUAACGCUGGGUGCAACGCGCGACUUUAUCGUCACAUCCCGAAAAGGGGCUCUUCCCCCGAACACGCCACCCCAGCGCAUCGAAGUAGCUCUGCCGCCUGGAUCGCUACUGUUGAUGACUGGUGGAAUGCAAGAAUUCUGGAACCAUGAGGUGCCCAAACGCAAGGGCGUCCCGAAUUCUCGCUUCAACAUCACCUUUCGGCGCAUGGUGUCUGCGAAACAGGCCUGAGUGCGACAAGCAGGUCAUUAUCCAAGGAGACGAAUUCGUCUGCCUCUGGUGCUGAAUGAUGACUCGGAUUGAAAACAACCGUUUCUGAAACAAUCUUGAUUUGAACAAAACCUCCCUUUUCUGUACAAUAAAUAUUGAAUGAGAAAUACAAC